AUGGAUUUGGGGACAACAUCUACUUCCAAAAAGGUCCGGCGAGAGAGAACCCCAGGACGAUAUAAGGGCGUUCGAAUGAGGGCUUGGGGUAAGUGGGUUUCUGAAAUCAGGCUUCCAAAAUCGGGAGACAGGAUAUGGUUGGGCUCUUAUGAUGCCCCAGACAAGGCAGCUCGGGCCCAUGAUGCUGCUGCGUAUUGCAUUCAUGGUGAACGUGCAGAGUUCAAUUUUCCAAAGAAUAGAAGGCCAGUGCUCUCUAAGGGCUCGACAGUUUCCUUGUCCAAGAAGGAUAUACAGACUAUUGCAACAGAUUUUUCUUCAGCUGAUGUAUCAGAGUCUACUCCAGUGUCGUCUACAAUAACAACCCAGGUUCCAUCUGAUAAACCAGCUUCUCCAAAUUUACUGGUUUCUAAGGGUAUGGCAAGUGCAUAUGAAGUGGAUAGUGGUUCAUUUGCCCCAAGUUGCGCUACUGGAGAAGCUGUUGCUUCACUAGAAAAUAUACAAUUGGAUGAUUUCCUCAUGCUAGAUACAGACUGGAUAGCUGAUUUUUAUUAG